AUGCCCACUUUGAGCUGGAGGUUCACAAAUACAAGAGGAUAUCAGCGCAAACCUAAACAUUCCUACUCAAUGUAUCCGUAUUUUUUUUUUGGUGAAAGAAGUGAAAGUAAGAACUUGUGGACUGCAUUCUUAUCAGGCGCAUCACAUCACAUCUACGCCUCCAUGCAGCUUCUUUCGACGCUAGUGGCAUUAAUAGCAGUGGCCUUUGCCGCAGAGCAAGACCUUGGGCUAGAAGAGGAAAGACUAAACCACCAUACACAUGAGCAAAAUGAAUUAGGGCUCAAUGAGCUACCGGCGGAGAUCGAAAUUGACCACGCACAAGCUUUCUACGAUUACCGCGAAACCAACACCAACAUCAGCAAAAGAGACUCAGAACCCACUUUGCUUGAGGACUUUGUUCCUGUUGCCUCCACAAUUGUCCAGGGCACUUCACAGCGGUAUGUUUUCCCUGUCAACUUCACCGACGGUAUCGGUGAGGCAUACGAGCUUUUGGUAUUUCUCACGGGAACCAUUUGCGCGCAGCCCGACGGCGGCAACGACUUGCAAAUGUCAUUUGGAUUCAACGAGCUGUAUUUGGGCGACGGAGACUCCUUCAAGAAUGGUUAUUUCCAAGGCUUGGCCGAAGUGCCUGCAGUCAACAACGACAAUUUGGCCUUGUACAAAAACGUGUACAUGGAAGUGCGCGCGCCCGAGCACAUAAAUCGCACGGCGCAGUGGGAAUACCAAGUGGGCGUCUCGCAACAGGACUUGGUAUUCCAGUGGAGCUCGCAGCUGUUUGCGACAGUGGUUGAUACAGACGAUACCAGUGCGUUGGUCGUGACGGGAAAUUUGACUGAGCCGGAGGAAGGCCAGGAUGCGAUCGAUUCGGGGUACCAACUUUUUGUCUACGAACACGGCGCGGACAGUGCGCAUCUCAGCGGGUUGAACAAUAGUUGGUGCGCGGUGCGGUCGGGCCCCGCGCUCUUUAGCACAGCAAACUUUUCAGUUUCCUACACGCGGCGGGGCGGGACUUUGCGCGAGCAAUUCUAUGUGACAGGGCUCAACGCCUCAACACGCUACACGGCGUAUGUUGUUUUGGAUUUCAAGGACUCCUCGUUGGGCGGCGUCGUGUACCGUCUGUUUGAAAUUGAAACCAUGACCUCGGGCGCGUGUUCGUUGGUGCACAGUCUAGAUUUCUGCUCCGAAGUGGCUUACUCGGUGCCUGCGCUGUCGCAUGCGCAGUACCGCUCUAAUUCAGAACUCGGUGCACUAUACGAUUACCAUGCACAGCAACUUUAUUCCAAUUUUUCGAAAGCCAUGGAGCAGAUUGCGUGCAACACUAGCGCCGAGGCAAUCUACCUGCCUGUUCGGACGUGUGAUGAUUGCCGCGAUUCGUACAAAUACUGGCUCUGUGCGGUGACCAUCCCGCGUUGUCUGACGCGCGAGCUCAACCAUUUUGUUCGCCGCGAACCGGGCGAGUCCCGCAGCGACUUUAUCAACGAUGUAAUCGCACCAAACUUAACUUAUUAUGAAGUCAUGCCAUGUAUUGACAUCUGCUGGUCCAUGGUUCGUGAUUGUCCGGCGGAUCUCGGGCUUCUCUGUCCGAAGCACAAUGCGCUGGUAGCUAAGUCUUAUUUCUGGGACGUCGGUGCAAACUAUUCUACGUGCAACUUUGUUGGCGUGCAAGCCCUGGUGGAAGGACGUGCCGCUGCCAUUAGUGUCGGUUUUUGGACGCUUUUGGGUGCCUUUGCCUCGGUAAUGAUGGUGGUAUGA